GAUGGAUGCUACAGAUGACCCGAUUCCGGAAGAUUCCCCCCCAUUUUCCGCAUCUAAGAGGCCUCGCCUUGAGGAUCCCGAAGAACCUGAUUUGGGAGGUGAAGAAUCCAGCUCAAUGACCAGUAUUGAUCCAUUGGACACAGUAUGCAGAGCUCCAGGAAUGUCUGUAGAAGCCUUUUGUGCAUCUGACUCAGGCUUCAAUGAGAUUGCUGAAGGGAAUGAAGCUCCAUCGUCAACUACUGAAGAUGAGGGUCACCUAAAUAAUUUUGGGCCUAGCCAUCACCACCACCAUCAUCCACAUUCCCAUCAUCAUCAUCAUCAUCAUCAUCACCACAACCACCACCAUCAUAGCCACCAUAAACCAAAUCAGGAAGAGCCAGUUGUGGUCUCCAAUGGAGGGGAAGGCCAGCAUGAUGAGCAAAAAACAGAUGAAGGGGCAGGAUCAAGCCAAGAAAAAAUCUUGGAUGGAGAGCAUGUUAAUGGUGGGGAGAAGGAUGAUGAUGUGUCAUCCACCAUAAGUGAAAUCUCAAACAUCUCAGGGAUAUCUGGGAUGAGUGGACAGGACUGGAAACCCAUUGCAGGGCCGAUGGGAUGGAUCCAGCAGCAAAUGCAACGUGGUGCAGACCCACGAGGUAUUCUGGAGGAGUUGAUCCCUGACCUGAAUCGUAUCCCACAGUCUGUAAAUGAUCUCACACUUUGGAAAAUCAUCAUCAAUAUCCUAAGCGAGCCACCUCGCCGUCAGAAGCUUCGGCAUGUGAAUACUUUGGAAGAUGUGGUGCGCCUCAUCCGUGGGGCAGGGAAUAUCCUUGUUCUCACUGGCGCUGGAGUAUCAGUGUCCUGUGGGAUCCCUGACUUUCGGAGUCGAGAUGGGAUCUACGCUCGACUAGCUGUGGAUUUCCCAGAUUUGCCUGACCCUCAGGCAAUGUUUGACAUCCACUACUUCCGUCGAGAUGCGCGGCCCUUCUUUAAGUUUGCCAAAGAAAUCUAUCCUGGACAGUUCCAGCCCUCACUGUCACAUAGGUUCAUUCGCCUUUUGGAGAAGAAUAGGAAGCUGCUGAGGAACUACACCCAGAACAUAGAUACCCUGGAGCAGGUGGCUGGUAUUGAGAACAUCAUUCAGUGCCAUGGGUCAUUUGCAACGGCUACCUGUAUGCGCUGCAAGUACAAAGUAGAUGCUGAAGCCAUCCGAGCGGACAUCAUGGAGCAAAAAAUCCCCUACUGCCCCAAAUGUCCCCUGGAGGAGCAUCUAGAGUCUCAGGACCCAGCUGCCUCAUCCUCCUGUUCCUCUACAUCCCCGAAUUCCUCUUGUCACUCUUCUCACUGUUCACACCAACAUGUACUGGGACAUGGUUUACCACCACCCAAGCCAAUCCUGAAGCCUGACAUAGUGUUUUUUGGGGAGGGUCUCCCUGAAACGUUCCAUAAGGCCAUGGCAGAGGAUAAGGACAAGUGUGACCUCCUCAUUGUCAUUGGGUCAUCUCUUAAAGUCAAGCCAGUUGCCCUCAUUCCCAGCUCUAUUCCAGCAAGUGUCCCACAGAUCCUAAUCAACCGGGAGUCCUUGAACCAUGUUGUGUUUGAUGUGGAGCUCCUUGGGGAUUGUGAUCGCAUUGUCCUUCAACUUGCUCACAGGUCUCCCCUUAUUUAUCUCUUACUUGGAGAGAACUGGAAUGAGGUGUCAGAGGCUGGACCACCAUGCCAGGAGAUAAAAAACCUCCCACCUCGCCCACCAUCACUUGAUGGAGGUGACAAAGACAGUGGUGAAGAACGGGCUCCACGUUCUGAACACGACCUGGAAGCCCUGAGAGCGUGCUGGCAACCAAAGAUCUUGGAGAGCGUGUCUGACCGACUGCCUGAGGGAACCUAUUUCCACAUGCAGCCAAACAAGUAUAUAUUUAAGGGAGCCGAGGUUUUUCUCGAUCCUGACAAUGAGGAGAACCAUUCCGAUGACGAUGAUGACUCCUCGUCCUCGAGCGAUUCACUCUCGUCCUUGCCGUCUCCUCCAUCUCCGCAGCCCACCACCAGCCAGGCAGAUGACUAAACUUUGGCUCUGUGCCUUGUGCUGUUUCUUGGCCAGUUUUAUGGCUCUUUAGCAUCGGAAAGGAACAUGGUUUGUGAUACCACUUUGGUACUUGAGGAGUCAUUCCUCAGUUUGCUUUGUACAGCAUUGGGUAUUUUUGGUCGCAUAUUCCUUUGAUUUAUUCACUCUAUUUAUGCAACCCCUGUAUGCUGUGAAAGAUUUCAAGUACAAACGGAGAAGAAAAUAAUUUUUUUGACUUUUUUUUGUGAAUGUGCAUGCCUGUGUUGAAAUUCCUGUGGAACAACACAUGGCAUUUUUUGUUGUAUGAGUAUCAGUCUUUUUUUUUUAUGAAUUUCUCUCCUUGAUGUUGUUCUUGUGCUCCAGCCAGAAGGCAUUUUCCUCAUCU